AUGUUUACCUUUUCUCGCUUGGCCGCGCGACGCGUUGCCACUUCGACCCGACGCAACAUGGCGGAAAUGCCUGUCCCUCAGUCCAGGAAUGCCAAGCUCUGGGAAGGACAUCCGACCAAUGAAGGCUGGGAGACGACCGUGAUGUGGUUAUACCCCGUCUCGGUCAUUUUGUUUGCUGCCGCCCAUGGAUUGGCGCCCGAAACCGGUAUUAGAGCCUGGGCUCAGCAAGAAGCGCGGGCGCGUUUGGAAUUGAAAGCGCAAGGCAAGGUUGAUUUUGAGUUUGGUAAACAUUAUCAAAAUUUAGAAAAGAACCAGGAAGGAAGUUGGGACAAGUUUACGGAAAAGGCUGUGCGGAUGACAGACGAAGAUGAUGACGACGACGACGACGAAUAG